AUGACUGACAAAAUUAUUUUACAUCACCUUCUGCAUUCAAGAUCGGAAAGAAUCGUCUGGUUGUUAGAAGAACUUGGAAUUCCAUUUGAAAUUAAAGUUUAUAAAAGGAAGAACGGCCGUGCUCCAUUCGAUUGUAAGGAAGUUCACCCAUUAGGUAGAUUUCCAAUCGUUGAAAUUUAUAAAGAUGGUGACACUAGUAAACCUUCAAGAAAGUUGACUGAAACUGGUUACAUCAGUAGUUACUUGGUCGAGCACUACGACACGGAGAAGAAAUUGAUUCCUGACAAUGAGGAAGACAGAGAACUAGCAAAGUUUUAUAGUUACUAUAGUGAAGGCUCAGUGCAAUACCUCUUACUUGCUCUCAUGAUAAACGGCUUGGUUGUUGCUGGUAUGCCAUACGGACUCAGUUACCUUGCUGGAAAAGUCACUGGAUUGAUCAACAGUGUCUACUACUUAGGUGAAGUUAAGAACCACUUCAAAUACUUAGAUGAGCAAUUGAAAGCCAAGGGUACUGAUUUUUUUGCGGGUGACAAGUUGAGUUACGCGGAUAUUAUUUUGAGUUUCCCACUUUAUGACAACACUUUCUCUAACCCUGAUAAGGUCAAGACAUUAAUUGGUGUCGAUGUAGAAACUCAGUAUCCAUAUCUUUACAAGUGGUCAAAGAGAAUUGAAGCCAACACCACCAGACAAUCUGUUGCUGAUAAAGUCAAGAAUAAGCUUUAG